AUGCCCGCCCCCAAAGUGCCAAAACUCAGCAAAGUCGAGCGAGGAGAAAGCACAGAGAGAGACCGCGAGCACACAGAGAGUGACCGCGAGCGUGUAAACAGAGACCGCGAGCGCGCAGAGAGUGACCGCGAACGCGCAGAAAGUGACAACGAGCGACGAGGCAACAUGUUAUCAACUCUCAUCAGUCCAGCAAGACGCUGGGAAACUGAAGCAUCAUCAGCCGAGGAUGCAGACAAUUCAAGUACAAGCAGUGUGGAGGUGAAAGAGAAUCAGGAUGAUAAAAGCCGGGUGGACUGUGACCUCCUACGAAAGUAUCAUCCAUCAACUUUUUGCACAACUAUCCCCAAACACGGACCAAGAGCCCUGAAGAGGAAGCAGCCGCUGGCGGAUGGAAAAGACCGGCUGCUUUAUCAAAGCCACUUGACUUGUAAGAGAGCAGCCUGGGCCGUCAGUCAGAAGAACGCAUUGGUGCAGCUGAACGAGCUGCGACCUGGUCUACGAUACGAGAUCAUGUCAAAGACCGGCCCGCUGCACGCUCCCGUGUUCUCUGUAGGGGUGGAGGUCAAUGGUUUCCACUUCGAGGGCCGGGGGAGAACAAAAAAGCAGGCCAAGAUGAGGGCUGCAGAACUGGCUCUGAGGUCCUUCAUCCAGUUCCCGAAUGCCUCGCAGGCUCACGCCUCCAUGGGGAACUUUACCAGCACUCCUGCAGAUUUUACUGCGGAUAUACCGGACUCUUUCCUCAAAGAGUUUGAGCCAUCGCUGUGUGAAAACUGUGAUCUCAUGCACUGCAGCACAGCAAAAAAGGAGGUUUUCUCCAGCAUUUACAGCCACAGACGACUCCUCCGACUCACGCUGGACUUUUCCUCAUCAAACCCAAAAAGGCGGGCCCUCUGCACGUCGCUUUUAGAGCGUCUCAGUCCGUUGGCGCUGCUCAACGAGCUGCGACCGGGACUCAGGUACAUGUGCCUGACGGAGAGGGUUCAUGGCAGGCCGACCAGGAGUUUUGUGAUGGUGGUGAGGGUGGAGGGGAGGGUGUUUGAAGGCUGCGGUCAUAGUAAAAGACUGGCCAAGGCCCGGGCAGCUGCAGCCGCCCUGCAGGACAUUUAUAACAUCAGUCUGGGGCCGGAGAGGAAGGUCACGGGGCUCCAGAGCAGCAGAGCCAAACAUCAGCUACCUCAGUUCUUCGCAGAGUCGAUCUUCCACCUGGUGAGAGAGAAAUACUCCGAGCUGACAGAGAGCUGUUCCUCUACCUCGUACGCCCGUCACAAGGUGCUGGCAGGGAUCGUAAUGACCAGAGGAUUUGACCUCAGAUCAGCGCAGGUUGUGUCUCUGGCCACGGGGACAAAGUGUCUGGAUUCGGACAACGUGAGCGACCACGGCGGGACGCUCAGCGACUGCCACGCCGAGGUCAUCAGCCGAAGGGCGCUGGUUCGAUUCCUGUACACCCAGCUGGAGCUGCUGCUCUGUAAGCCAGCAGACUGUGAGGAACAAUCGGUCUUCGUACCAAAUAAAGAUGGUGGUGGCUUCCGGCUGCGUGACGGCAUCUUCUUCCACAUGUACGUCAGCUCGUCGCCGUGUGGAGACGCUCGACUCAACUGUCCCUACGAAACCACAGUUGCAUGUGAGACCAACCAACACAUUUACCCCAGCAGGAGGUUCCACUGUCACCUCAGGGUGAAGGUGGACGGAGGCGAGGGGACGCUACCCAUCCCAGCCAACCAGACCUGGGAUGCUGGUAAACCUCCUGUCACCAUGUCCUGCACGGACAAGUUGGCAAAGUGGAGUGUUGUAGGCCUGCAGGGGGCGCUCCUGUCACACCUGGUGGAGCCGGUUUACCUGCACAGCCUAACGGUGGGGACGCUCAGACACACGGGGCACCUGGGCCGGGCCAUGGCUCGCCGGCUGGCCCCCGUCAGGCAGCUGCUCCUCCCAUACCGACGACAGCAGCUGCUGCUCGGCUGUCUGAGCGGCAGCGAGGUGCGGCCAACGGGGAAGGCGCCGAAUGUCAGCAUGAACUGGAGCAGUGGUGACGGAGGCCUGGAGGAGAUCAGCACCUCCACAGGAAGGAGGAAGGACUCAGGGACGCCGUCACGGCUCUGCAGGCGCUCCGUUUUUACCCGCUGGCAGAGGCUGCUGCAGCAGUUGAACGGUGCAGAAGCCACUCCAGGGACAUAUUCUGGAUCCAAGAUGGUGGCCGGGCGCUACCAAAGGGCGAUGCAGCAGUUCACCAGCGCUCUGCAGGCCGGAGGGCUGGGAUCGUGGCUUAGAAAACCUCCAGAACUGGCUCACUUUAAUGCCAGUGUGUGAAAACUGUGCAUCUAAGGCUGAAUAUGAGGAGUGUUAGAAUUAAGUUCAUGUGUUUUUUUGUUGUUGCUGAGUGCAUGGAUGAGGUGCAAAGAAUGUGAUGCUAGAUAAUGUAGAAAGUUUGUAAUUUCACCUUAAUUUAUCUUACAUGAGAAAUUAUUUACUGAUUGGAAAG